AUACGUUUAUCAAAGCAGCCAAACGCUGCUCGCAUUUCCGCGAUAAUCCUUAUCUUUCACACUCUCGGCUGACGGUAGUCUACUCACCACAAUUCGCAUAGCGAGCCGGAAACCGACGGAGCUGCCACAGAAACCUAUAACCAUCUGCGAAAUGGCGAAGGGAAAGAGGGAAUUGCUAUCAAAAGCGCCAUGGAGAGGUGACGAUGACGACGAGGCCGAAAAAUUCAAAGACGCCAAGCUCAAGGUCACCAAUCAGCCCGGCUCCACCCCUACUAUGCACGUCCCUCGCAAAAAGAACAACAAGCGCCGCUCCAAUGAAGAUGACUCUGACGAAGACGAUCCCCUUGAGCUCGACCCCGAGCUCCGGUACAGCUUCCAGCGCAAUUUUCAGUUUCUUCAGAGAGUAUUUAGCAUUGACACCAUUGUGAAGCCUCUUCCACCUGCUAUGGCAUAUAAUGUUUCUCGCAACUUGAGCUUCUUCACCCGCAUCUUUACUCAGUUCUUUGAUCCUGAAGGUAUUGCAAAUGCACAGAAAUCACUUGGGUUAGGGCAGGAAGAGAAAGCUCGUCGGGUCCGUUGAGAAAGAAUGAUCUUUUGUUCAUUGCAAUUGUAAUUUUGACUCUAUCUGGAUCCUUUGUUUUGCCAAGAAUUUGUUCUGCAUGAUUUGUUUUCUCUAAGAUAUAGCAUUUUAACCAUAAUUAGAAAAUCCUGGGGAGAACUUAAAGGAGUAACUGCUGAAAUCCUUACAAUGACAUCAUGCGCAUUCCUAGCUAAUUUGAAUACACAGUUCUACUGAACAUGCCAUGCACCUGAUGUAUUUACAGGACUUGAAUUUUUGUAUUUUCAUUAUAUUAUCUACUACCUGACUCAGGCGAAGACCUUUGUUCUA